CAUUUCCCCCACCCAAACGCCACUUGGACACACGUGCGCGAUGUCGCUAGCAGCGCCAUCGUGGCCGGUUGAGUUCCUUCGAUUCAGCAGUUUCGACGAAGUCGUGACGCGCUUCGGAUCGUUCCUUCGUACUUAAUUCUAAGGAAAAACCAAACGAUUACAUAUCGUCGAUCUUUAGCUUGCUUAGAUCAUUUAUCAUUCGGACAACGUUUAUUUUAACUGUGCGGCAGAGAUCGUUCUAUCAUCGAAAAGAAAAAUAAAAAGAGAAGAGUUAUUUAGAUCGGAGCAUGCGUUAGUUCUCGUCGAGACCCCUCAAGGAUUCUUUCGACCCGAAGUCGAAGCGGUCUCCUUCGAUCGAUGUCUCGUAGAAAGUAAAAUCACGAGCGUGAGCGUGUCGAGUACUUGUCUGACAUACAUUCGGCCAAUUCGUAUGUACGUACGUCCUCGAGAAACUUUUUGAAAGGAUCUUUCGUCGAGUCCAGACGAGUUUACCAAUUUGGUCAAAAAAUCGAUUCAGUCGUUCUUCACUCUGGGAAUAUCUUAAGAAUACGUCAAAAUGCGUUUAUUCAAAAGACAAGCAUCGGAUACCUGUCCUCAGCUGGUAUCAGCUACACCGAUAUCGCAAGAUGAAACAUCCGAGACAGUGGUCGCAAAUGGCACUACUAUCGAGCAGAAUGAAAAGUCCUUGGUUGUUGAUAAGAAAGAUUCAUCGAAGAGACUCGAUAGGGAUGGCGGAGAAUCUGGAGAGUCUGAGAAAAGUGUACCUGGGCAAUCGUUCAUGAUAACUCGUAAAGGUAUUUCAACAUGGGGUCGGAAAGUAGGCCGAAGGUUAGAUCAAUUGAAGAGAUCGGAAAGUUCGGAGUUACUUUCGGUUUCGGGUAGAAGACGUCGCUGGAGUCCAAAUCGAAAGAGAUACGAAGAUAGCUUGGAGGAAAAGGAAAAUGGAUCGAACGAACAUACCUUUCCGGAAUUCCCCAAGCCAAAAAGAGUCUCCAGAGUGGAAUCCUUGAAGAAUCUAUUCCGGUCGACAGAGAGAAGUAACUUUUUAAGUUCGACUUCAACCUCGAGAAACGUGACGAUCCACGAGGAGAGCCAUUAUCCUAUGGAGAAAGCUCUUAGCGAGGGAGCCAUUAAAAACGUAGCUACGUUUCAAGUCAAGUCUGAGAAUAAUAACGAAGAAAGAUUAAGGGGGACUCUGCUUCAAGAGAAACAGCGACGACUCAGUCGUAGCAUUCACGAUCUUCAGGAACAGGAACGCGUCAUCGACUUUAUUCUAAUGAAUCAGCAGGUGUUAAAGACUCAAGAGGGAACAGCAUUGGUAAAGGAGACUUUGAGUAAGCUGGAGAAGGCUAGUAGUUCAAAGGAUACGUCGGAAUACUCUUCGUCGACGUCUAGGAUUAAUAGAAGGAGCGAUGUCUUAUUGAAAACGAGUACACUUAGUCGAACGGAGAGUAGGAAUCUUUUCGGUAACAUCAAUGAACGGGAUAGUUUUAGGAACGAUCAACAAAGAUCUUGUCCCUUGACCGGUUUGGAGGAUCUUAUGAGCAAUCUUCGUCUAGGUUGCGACGAGAGUGGUUACGAUUCUGAUAGCACACGGGCAGGUGCUGAUUCUCCUGACAGUGAACAAUGCGUUCAGAGAAUGACGAAGCCUCGUAGCUUCUCGAUAACUUCCGACGAUUAUCAUGGUAUCGAUCUAUCGUUGCCACCCAUUAUCAACCAAGUUGAACCUUCGAAGGAUACCGAAGAUUCCGAGAAUGGUAACGAUACCGUCGUGGAGGCACGUCAUUUCUUGAACGAUUCUAACAAGACUGAAUCGACCUUGGUCAUGUCCGAACACGACGAUGACACCGACAGUUGCGACGAGGACACUUUCGAGGAUUACGAACAAUGCACCAAAUUAAAUUUCUUCGACAACUCUAACGGUAGAAACGAUUCAAAGAUGGACUCGAGUCGAUACUCGAAGAUAUUUCCAACGACUUCGAAGAACGUUUCGGCUGUUUCUCAGGCGAAUAAGAUGGUUCAGAAUUCAUUGAUACAAACGAAACCCGUAACUACUUCUUCUUCUUCGAGGAAUCGUAAAUUUGGAAGCGCCAGCGUGUUGACUCUUCUCGAUAACGCUUCGUCUCCUUGCAAGGACAGUCCACCGGCAACGAAGGUUAAUUCGUCGACGUUGUUAUUGAAGAGUCCGAUUCAAUAUUAUAGUCCUAAGAGAUCUCGUUCUGCUUUGGAGGCCGAAACAUCUUCAGACGAAUCGAUCAAUAGGAUCAAUAAGGUUAAGAGAAUAGUUUUCGCUGAUAAUCCACGAUCGAUAACAACUUCGACGCCGGCUAAGUCAACUUUGGUACGUCGAGAAUUGAAGACCAUGAAACUCAGCGUUGAAAGAUCAGGCAAUCUUGGUAUCUCCGUUGAAAGACGAGAAGCUGUCAGACCGUUUUACGUGAUAUCAAAAUUAGAUUCGAACGGCGAAGCAGCUAAAUCUAAAUUAUUCCGAAUCGGCGACGAGAUCGUCCGAGUUAGUGGUCGCAGAUUACGUGGGAUGACAAUAGCCGAGGCUAGAAACGCAUUACGUAAUUGUGUAGGAAACGUCGAGCUACAAAUCGCUAGAGAACCAACUUUCGCAUUUGGCGAAGAGAUCGGUGAUACUUGGGCCGAUUUAGACAGAGUCCCUCGUGCUCGAAACGAUUCCGACGCGUGGACGUUACAAGAGAGUAAAUCUGACCCUGGAGUUACCACCUUAUCCAAAAUUGAAUCCUCUCAUGAUGAUCAUCGAUCGAAGAACGAAGAGGCUCCAACAAAGCGACCCAAAAGUGAAUUAUCAAUUAACGACGCGAGAGACGAUACCGGUAGAAAGAUGACUGGUAUGAGGAAAUUUCAAGUUAUCAAGAAACGUACUUCGCAUCCGGUUUGUUAUCCGAGAAGAGUAUCGAGCCUUUCGAAAGAUUUAUUGACCGUGACCUUGGAAAAAGGAGCUACGAAGAAACUUGGUUUCUCGAUCGUUGGAGGAUCCGAUAGCAAGAAGGGUUACAUGGGUAUUUUCGUAAAGGAUAUUAUGGAAGGUGGUCAGGCAGCUGAGGAAGGUACACUUAGGGUCGGUGAUGAGAUCUUAGCGAUUAAUGGCAUACCAAUGGACGGGGCAACCCACACGAAGGCCCUGCAGACUUUCAAGAAUGCCAAACCGGGCAAAAUGAUUCUCUGCAUCGGACGAAGGGAUCCAACGAAUAAACGGUACAUAACUCAAUCGAAGUCUUGCGAUUGUUUAAGUAAAUUAACGGAGGAUGGAUACGAAUGAAGAUGUGCUACAGAAAAAAAAUAUUUUUAUAUACAUAUAUAUAUAUAUAUAUAAUUUAUAUUUUCUUAGGUAAUAUUAACGAAGACGGAUAGGUUCCCUUAAUUAUUUAAGAUCGGAGGUGUUUACAUCUUGUAUUAUUCUCGAUUAACGUGGAUCGGUCAAAUUUCUUAUCGAACUUUGUGUUAGGAGAUGUUCAAAGAAGGUUCAGAUUCUCUAUGUGUAUGUAUAUAUGUAUGUAUAAAACUCAUAGGAUGUUUUUUCUUUUCUUUCGUUAUUUAUCAAAUAUAUUCGAGGAGUAUUCAUUGCUUGUUCUUUUAUGCAAUUGCUUUGACGAUUAGUGUUUAUUAUUUUGGAUUGUUCUCAAAUCAAUCCUCGUUAUUAUCGUUUUUGUGUAAAGAUGCGUUAUUUAAAAAAAACUCAAGUAGCUCUAAAUUUGUUCUACUUGAUUUGUUUUGUGAUAUCAUUUAAUUGUCCUCGUUGACAGUGAUUCUCUUCGAUUAAUUUCAUUUGUUUGACAUUAUUCGUCUAUCAUAAACGAUCGUUUCGCAAGAAUACUCAAAGAAAAAAUAUCCAGAGUCAUGGAUUCGCUUAGUUAAUUCGUAUGAAUCGCUAGUUUUGUCUUGAUGAAUUUAUUCAGCAUUAUUGUAAAGUGAUAAGAAAUGUACACACACACACACACACACACAUAUAUAUGUAUGUAUGUAUAUGUAUAUAUAUCAUUAACACAAGAUAAGUUUUAUUAUUCCAUUAUGCGGCUUUGAAUCAUGUAAAGUACAUGAUAGUUGUUCAUUUGUGCGUUCGAAGAAAUAGAAAGUUAAAAACAAGGACAUCAUUACAUUCAACGUAGUCAUUUCCUGUUAGAAAUAACACGCUAACACUUUGGAUCAUGACGUAUUAACAUAACGCACUUUUUCACAUAUAGUUUAACGUAUGUUUCAUUAUCAGAAACAUAAUCUUCGUUUAAACUAAAGAACAGAGCCAGCCGCAUUUUAAUAAUCUCGACGAAGGUAUACCGAUGACUUACUUUGUACUUAUUUACAAUCUAAUUUUGGUCGUAUUAAUAUAUAGAGAUUUUUAAGCUACCGAGACCGACAUUUAGAAUGUCUACCUGAUAAAAUGCUGUGAUAUAUCGAUUGUAGUCGAAUUAGUUGAUAUCGUACAAAUUGUAUUUAAUAAUAAAAAAUGAUUUUGUUGAGAGACGUA